AUGCCUUCUAUUUUGCAGAAAAUCCUCCUGGGGGCUCCCCUGACAUGUCUGGCUAGUGGCCAUGCCAGUACUAAUUCCUUCGACUCAACCUAUAAGAUCGAUGUCCAUUCUCAUGCCGUUCCGUCAAUCUGGAAAGAGGAAUUGAUCUCUGCAGGCUAUUCAGUCAAGAAUGGUACUUUGUAUACAGAUGGCUUUCCUGUCCCUGAUUGGACUCUUGACUCACAUAUCAGCACCAUGGACAGCCUUGGGGUUAAUUAUACGACAAUCAGUGUUAGCGCACCUGGUGUGUUCUUUCUAAAAGAGGCCCAAAAGGCCAAAUCUUUAGCCCGUAGCAUCAACCUGCUGCUUCACAGCUACACUCAAACUCAUCCAACUCGACUUGGAGCCCUCUGUCUUCUCCCUCUCCCUUUUGUUGAUGAAGCAGUAGAGGAGUUGAAGUUCUGCUUGGAUAUCCUCGGGUUUGUUGGCGUAGGGCUGUUUACCAACUCCAACGGGACGUAUUUGGGUGACUCGAUCCUUGAUCCUAUCUUCUCGGCCUUGGAAACACGCAAUGCUAGCGUGUUCGUUCACCCAGCCGCUCCGGGCUGCAUAUCUGUUGCCGUGGGCCAUCCCAUCCCGAUGACCGAGUAUCCUUUCGAUACUGUGCGUGCCAUUGAGAACUUGCUGCUAACUGGCCAACGCGCGCAAUAUCCGAACAUCAAGAUGAUCUUUGCUCACGGUGGUGGCGCGAUCCCCUUUCUUGCUACCCGAAUUGCCGGCAUGGCAUCCCUUCCCUCACUGGGUGGACUGUCAGUCCCUGAAUCCCUGGCGCAACUCGCCGGGUAUUAUUUUGAUACCGCUGCUUCCACUUCUGCUAUUCAGUUAGCGGCUCUGAAGAGUUUUGUUGGUGCGGAUCAGAUUGUGACUGGGAGUGACUAUCCUUAUGUUCCUUUCUCACAGGCAAAGCCGGCAUUAUCUGCGAUUGAAGGUAAUGGUGACUUCACCACGGUGGAGAUGGACCGUAUCAAUAAUCAGAAUGCGCUGGCAAUCUUCCCGCGGGUUAUCGAUGCUUUGAAGCUCAAAUGA